UGUUAUUGUAGCGGCAGAAUCCUGUCGAGUUAACAGUGCUUGGCCGGAGAAACAUCCGGAUCCGUUUCAGUGACGUAGACCCAACUGUCGUGGAAGCGGAUUAGGACAUUAUAUUUUCUAUCGCUUUGUGUGUGGGCCUUAAGACGCGACAGUCAUGGGCACAUUCUAUUUAUAUCUACUAAACACCUGCACAAGCUUAGAACACACAACAAUUUCUGUUAAGAUAUUUCACGUUUUCAGGUUGUUUGCCCUCUGAUUAUGCCAAACAUUUGCUUUUUUAACAUUACAACUUCCAUGUUAAAAAUGAGUAUCAUUACCAAUGAAUAUUGAAUCAAAAUUCUUAUUUUGUUUGAUUUAAAAAAAUUGUAUUCGUGUCUGGCGUGAUUUCGUAGAAGUAAAUGACAAUACACAUGUGCUAAUAGUAGCACAAUAAUAUAACUAGAAUAAUGGAACAGGAAAUACUGGAUGAAGAAUUUCGCUGCUACAUGCGUGUAGCGCGUUCACUCGAAGGAACAUUGAAGCGGCCCAAAGAUCGCGAGUGUUGUAAGCAACUAUUAAAAAAUUGUGAACGUCUGAAUAGCGUAGACAAUGUUAUGGUUAAAAAGAAUACAAACGUUUUUAUGAAAUACUUGUUGAAAGUGAUUAAUUGGACUAGUGUGCAUCAGCCGCUACAGCUAUAUGAUAAAUGGUAUCAAGGUUCAAAAACUGAAGUUAAAUUGUGGCUUCAGGAUAACAAAUCGUAUAUGGCUGUUAAAGAAAUGCCAAACGGUGCGCUCGCUAUAUACUGUGCCGUUGCGAAUUCACCAAGUGCCGGUUGGCAAGACGGUGCAUUGAAAAUUAUGAAAGAUUCUAAAGAUCCAGAUGCAGAAGAAAUGUGAA